CUGCACGUGCGGCUGCUUCCGGAAGUUCAGGCAAACACUAGUGGCGCGCUGUAGCUGUGAUCGGUCGCGAUCUCGGUUUGUAUUGAGACAGAGACAAAGCUGUCUCUGAGAACAAGAAUUUGUCCUAACAGGGGGGGUUUCUGGGUACUCAGAAACCCCCCCUGCGUGCGCCACUGCCAGCCGACACACUCGCCCCUCGGCGGCUGGCGUAGAGCGCGGACUGCAGUCAGUGACAGUGAGUCACUGUCACUCCUGCUGCAGAAUCCGCGCUGUGGAUAUUACAGGCUCCUCUGAUGGGAGCUUUCACGGACACCGCCUGUCAGACUCCGGCAGCUCUGAACACACACAGCAGCUCUCCCCCAUGCUGGGAACAGGGGGAGGGACACAAGGCACAGUGCAGUAGCGUCUGAAGGAGGGUGAGCUGGCCUGUGAUGAUUGAGAAGAUGUCUGUCUCCCUCACUCUCCAAGUCCAGAGUGAAAAUGGCGGUGACACGCGGCUCCUUAUAAGGAAUUCAAAACCCGCAAGAAUCCGACAGCGGGAUGAUGACGUUUUGCCUCAAUCUGGGAUCCGAGUCUGGUGGGCAGUCCCGAGCAGGACUCUGAUUCGGACACGGAUCCUGAAGUCCAGGGGGUUCGGAUUUCCGAGAUCCGAACACGCUCAUCCCUAAUGCAUCAUGUUGAAGAUGAGAUAAGUGAUCCUCACAUUCAUCCCCUGGGGACAGAAACAAGGUGGCGGGCCCAUGAACCACCUCAAUCGUCGCUCCGUUACAGAGGCAAUGAAGACCAAAACUGGAGAGAGGGCAUUCAGUCUACAGGGGGAAAUGUCCUUGUGGACAACUGGGUGGAUGCGUGCCUAGAAGAUGACAGGCCCAUAAAAGAACUUAUCUACCCCAUGCAGCAGAAACGGACUAUAAGGAAAAAAAAGGAAAGAAAUAUUGCAAAGAAUAGAGAAAUGGAUAAUUGGAAGGAACACAAGAGAUGCUGGAGACGGUUUAAGAGCACUAUGUCUGGCUGUCUACAACAUCUAAUACUAUGGAGAGACACUCUGCAAAUGAUUGGAGGACAUUAUGGAACCGGAAUCGAGUCGUACUUCACUUUCCUUAGGUUUUUGGUGAUAAUGAACUUCGGUACCUUCCUCUUAAUUGGUGGAUUCAUUGUAAUUCCCAACAUUUUAUUUGAAAAGUUAGAGUUUCAGCAAACCUUUCUAAGUACUAACUCAAAUGAUACUAUGUGUUAUGAGUACAAUCCAAAUCCUCAGGGACUAGAAAGAUAUUACAUCUUCAUCAUGAACAUUCUUAUGGGAACGGGCUUCAUGGAGCUCACAUAUAUGUUUUAUGGCUUCUACAAGAACACAGCUGUGAAUCUGGCAGCCUUCUCCUACAAUAUCCCCCUGGCCUAUCUCAUAACCACCCUGAUUUACUUCCUGCUCAGCCUACUGUGGACUGUGGUUAGAUCUGUUCAGGGCUUCAAGCAGAGUCUGGUAACACAAGAUGCAUCAAUGACCAGUUACACUGAUAAAGUGUUUGCAGGCUGGGAUUUCUGCAUGAAAGAUGAGAAAAUCAUAAUGCUAAAACAGAAAAGUAUCCAGCAUGAGCUGAAGGUUCUUCUAGAAGAGGAGAAAAUGAUGCGUCUGCAUGCUCAGCGCACCAUGUGUCAACGUGUUGGGAUUUAUACUCUCCGCAUCUUCCUCAACUUCUUUGUGGUCUGCCUCAUUGGAGGAGCUUUCUAUUGCAUCUACCGGUCUACAGUAGAAUCUCAGAAACUGCUUGAGAAUGAGUCAGUGAAAAAUAACUUUAUCUUGGAGCUAUUGACUGGGUAUCUACCAUCAAUUGUCAUCACUGCUGCCAACUUCAUUCUUCCGAUGAUCUUCAAUAUCAGCAUCAAGUGGGAGAAGUACCUCCUUAGUGUGGAAAUCAGACUGACACUAAUCAGAUGUGUAUUCCUCCGCCUUGCCAGUCUGGGAAUGCUGCUAUAUUCUCUAUGGAAUAAUAUAACCUGCAAUGGGAACAAAGACGAUGAAAACUGCAAAACUUGUGGAUAUAAUUAUGGAGAUAACAAAUGCUGGGAGACACGCGUGGGUCAGGAGAUGUAUAAGCUGAUGAUCUUUGAUUUUCUAACUGUCUUAGUGGUGAUACUGUUGGUGGAUUUUCCUCGGAAAAUGAUGGUUGACCACUGCUCAUGUAAGCCCAUCCAGUUAUGGGGUCAGCAGGAAUUUCUGGUCCCCCAGUGUGUUCUGGAUAUUAUCUACGGUCAAACAGUUUGCUGGAUUGGUACCUUCUUCUGUCCAUUGCUUCCACUGCUCAAUACAAUAAAAUACUUCAUCAUUUUCUACAUGAAGAGGCUAACACUUUUCAGCAACUGCCGGCCAGCUGAUCGAACGUUUCGGGCGUCCAGUGCAAACUUUUUUUUCCUGUUGGUGUUGCUUCUGGGUCUUGGCUUAUCUUGGGUACCAGUCCUGUAUAGCGUAUUUUCUAUGACUCCAUCAAAAGCAUGUGGUCCCUUCAGAGGUCAGGUGACUAUUUGGCAAACUAUCACCACAUCAGUUCAGUCCCUCCCAACGGUUGCAAGGAAUUUCUUUCUGUUCAUUGGCUCACAGGCAUUUGCUAUCCCUCUUUUCAUCGUUUCAUGCAUUUUCAUGUUCUACCUUAUGGCACUGAGAAGUUCAUACAGAAAACUAGUUACCAUUCUGAAAAGCCAACUGCUCAUGGAAAAAAGCAGGAAGACAUUUCUGAAUGGGGCAUAUCAGUAAACAGCAGACUCCAGUGCAGUUACAAAUCGGAAAAUUAUGUUCAACUACAUAAAUCAGUAUAUUAAGAUACAUUGUGCUAACAACUUACAGUGAUUAUAAAUCAGAUGUUUUAUUUUAGUGAACAAUUGUGCUGACAGCCAAUGAGACCACUGCUACCAUACAUGCUGCUGAUUGGUUACUUGCACAGGUGACAUAAUCUGACCAGUACAACAUGCAUGGGUAUUGUGAGGUUGCAAAUCAGAGGGCAGCAAGAGCAUUCUGCCUUUAUUGUCUAAUAAUCCCAGCAAGUUCUUCUAAAACGGUGCCACAUAAAUAUACAAAAUCACCAACAAAUAGAAUUGAUUCUACUCUACUGCUAUGCAUUUCUCACUAUAGUUGGCAGGGGGACUUAGGGGUUUGUUAGACUGCUGGGA